UAUUUUGCACGUUUGAACGGAAAGCAUUUACCGAAUACAUAAAUAGUUCAACAAAAAUGUCGAAUAAACUGAUAAAAAGUAUUAACAGGAUGUCAAAAUUAUUUCAACCAAUAAAAGCUUUUCCAAAAGAAGCAAUAAUUAAACAUGAUGGCAAAUCAAAAAGCUAUAGACUGUUAUUAGAUAUGGGAGUGAUUCGACAAGCCAAUCCUGGAAUGUAUACUCUACUUCCACUAGGAUAUCGUGUGCUCGAUAAAUUAAUUGCAAUUGUUGAUAAUGAAAUGACAAACAUUGGAGCACAAAAGAUGCUUCUACCUCAUUUAACUAGCGCUAAAUUAUGGAAGAAAACUGGUAGAUUGAGUGAAAUGGGACCUGAACUUAUUAAACUAAAAGAUAGACACUGCGAUACAUUAAUUUUAAGUCCUACUUAUGAAGAAGCAAUCACGAGUUUGAUAGUAAAAGUAGGAUCGAUUCAAAAAAGUCAAUUGCCACUUUUACUUUAUCAAAUUUCAACAAAGUGGAGGGACGAAAUGAAACCACGAUUAGGUUUAUUUCGUAGUCGAGAAUUUGUGAUGAAAGAUUUAUAUUCAUUUGAUUUGACAAUAGAAAAUGCUAAAGAAACUUAUGAAUCUGUUAAUCAAGCUUAUAACAACAUUUUAUCACACAUUGGAGUUCCUUACACUGUUGUUCUGGGUGAUCCGGGAUUGAUGGGUGGUAAUUUAUCACAUGAAUAUCAUUAUUUUUCGGAUAUAGGCGAAGAUACAAUUUUAUCAUGUAAUUCCUGUGGAAUUAAUGUUAAUGCUACCAUGAGUAAUAAAUCUAGUUGUGAUAAUUGCGGCAAACAAUUUACUGAACACAUGGGAGUUGAGAUUGCACAUACAUUUUUACUUGGAAAUAAAUAUACCAAAGCAUUUCAAGCAUCGUGUCAUGUUCAAGAUUCACAAGUUUAUUUUGAAAUGGGCUGUUAUGGUUUAGGAUUAACUCGAUUAAUAACAGCAGCUGUUGAAAUUCUUUCAACUCAUGAAUGUCUCAGGUGGCCUAAAUGUAUUGCACCUUUUACGGUCUGUAUUAUACCGCCAAAAGAAAAAAGUAAAGAAUCUCCAGCGUUCCAUUAUACAGACAAAAUUGUUGAUAUACUGGAUAAGAAAAACAUUGAUUUUAUUAUCGAUGAUAGAAUAAAUUUAACUAUUGGUAGGCGAUUAUUGGAUGCCAAGAAAACAGGAUACCCUUAUUUAAUUGUUAUUGGUAAAAAUUCCAUACAACCAAAUCCUUUGUUUGAGAUUCAUGAUUUAAAUAAUUCACAGGAAUCAAAUAUAAGUUUAGAUCAAUUACUAGACUUUUUUAAUAAUGUAAAUGUUGAUGAUGAAAAAAUAAAACAAGCUAUUGUGUAAUUAAGAUAUAAAAAAGUAAUAAGUAUAUUUACAAGUUUUAACAUAAUGUAAAUAGUAUCAAAUAUUUAAGUAGAAAAUAUUGAAAUAAUUAAGAAA